AGCCCGCCCGGCGGCCCGCGCAGCCCGCACUCGCCGCCGCGCCUCGGAGUUUGAGCCCCGGCGCGGCCGGAGCGCAGGCACACGCCCGGGGCGCAGGGUCGGAGCGCUCAGCGCGGCGCCGCCCCCCGGCCCUCGGCCCCCCGGCCCCGGCGCCCCCGGAGCGGCGCGCGGAGGGAGGAGGGCGCGGCGGGCCGGGCCGGCGGGCGGCGGACUAUGAGGCGCCCACCAUGGUGCGAUGCGACCGCGGGCUGCAGAUGCUGCUGACCACGGCCGGAGCCUUCGCCGCCUUCUCACUCAUGGCCAUCGCCAUCGGCACCGACUACUGGCUCUACUCCAGCGCGCACAUCUGCAACGGCACCAACCUGACCAUGGACGACGGGCCCCCGCCCCGCCGCGCGCGCGGCGACCUCACCCACUCGGGGCUGUGGCGGGUGUGCUGCAUCGAAGGGAUCUAUAAAGGGCACUGCUUCCGCAUCAAUCACUUCCCAGAGGACAACGACUAUGACCACGACAGCUCCGAGUAUCUCCUUCGCAUUGUGCGAGCCUCCAGCGUCUUCCCCAUCCUCAGCACCAUCCUGCUGCUGCUGGGAGGGCUGUGCAUCGGCGCCGGCAGGAUCUACAGCCGCAAGAACAACAUCGUCCUCAGCGCUGGCAUCCUCUUCGUGGCCGCAGGCCUCAGUAACAUCAUAGGAAUCAUCGUCUACAUUUCCAGCAACACGGGCGACCCCAGCGACAAGCGGGACGAAGACAAGAAGAACCACUACAACUACGGCUGGUCUUUCUACUUCGGAGCUUUGUCGUUCAUCGUGGCCGAGACCGUGGGCGUCCUGGCUGUAAACAUUUACAUUGAGAAAAAUAAAGAGCUGAGGUUUAAGACCAAACGGGAGUUCCUGAAAGCCUCGUCGUCAUCUCCGUACGCCAGGAUGCCGAGCUACAGGUACCGGCGACGGCGCUCCCGGUCCAGCUCCAGGUCCGCAGAGGCCUCGCCGUCCAGGGACACGUCACCCGUGGGCCUGAAGGUCGCGGGGGCCAUCCCCAUGGGCGAGCUGUCCAUGUACACGCUGUCCCGGGAGCCCCUGAAGGUGACCACGGCCGCCAGCUACAGCCCGGACCAGGAGGCCAGCUUCCUGCAGGUGCAUGACUUCUUCCAGCAAGAUCUGAAAGAGGGCUUCCACGUGAGCAUGCUUAACCGGAGGACGACGCCCGUGUGAGCCGCCCCGCGGUGCCGCUGGUGGCCCCGGGAGGGCGUGGGACCCUCGACACGACCACGACGACGGACAAUGAACUGGAGCCCAGCACAGCCCUCCCCCGGGGCAGGAGUUCGGAGUCCGGAGCCCGGAGCCAGGAGCCAGGGCCAUGGCCAAUGCCGAGGCUGACCUGGUCCCAGAAGAGGGGAUUUGGAUGCACUCGGCAUGGCCGAGGUGCCAGGAGCUUUCCUGAGGCCGCACGGGAAAACGGGGUUAAGCUGUUAUUUCCUCCUGAACACGGAUCUUGCCAGAAAAGUGGGCUGUCCAGGCCUCCCCUCCCUGCCCGGGCGCUGGGGCCUCUGGACUCUGUCAGCUGCUCUUGAACCUGAACUUCCCGUGUCUUUGAGCCAGAAGUGAGGACACAAAGCUCGCUCCCUUCCUCCUUGUCUCUCUCAGCCUCUCUCUCUCUCUCUCUCUCUCUCUCUGGCCGUGGUCUGUGACUGACAGAUCAUCCUUGCGAAGAGAAGCCGUGCAGCCGACUGGUGCUUCAGCCUCCGUGCUGUCCUGGGCUGGCUUCCCUCCGCGGAGGAGACCGGGCCCCAGGGCUGUGGCUGGCUUUCCCGUCUGCCUCUGGAAGUGUCUACGUCACUCAGAGUGGACAGGACACCCCGAUGUACCUGAGAGCCUGGAAGAUUCCACAGGUCCCAGGCAGCCACGUGGCCUCCUGCCGUGGCCUUCCCUCCCAAGGGGAACAGCAACCAAAAAACAAAACAAUUGAGAGAACGAGCCCGUGCCUGGGUGCGCGUCAGGACUGUGGCCAGAGCAGGUCCCAGCAGAGCAGCGCCUGCCCCGGCUCCUGUCGGCGUGAUUUAUUGAGAAGCCGGGCCCGAAAGGCCAGGCUGGGCCCUUCUCCCUCCUACCAGAGCCCCUCCCUGCUCCCCACCCCAGCCCUCCCUUCGUAACUGGGGACACGGGUUCUGCGUGUUCCGGUUUUCUCCCUCCUGAACCGAGCGGAGAAUGUGGGCGUGUCUCCAGGUGCGGAAGAAGAACUCCCGGAACGUAGCAUUUGCCCUCUUUUCUAGAACCCACGUGCUUUCUAAAGACAACUGGUUUCUUACUUUUUCAGACUUCCGAGCCCGAUCUUGCACGGUCCUCUGUAACCCCGGGAGCUGCCCCGCCUAGGAGGGAUGAGCAAAUUCUUACCUCAGCCACCUGCUCACGGAGCCCUUGGCCAACUCCGCCCCUAGGAGUUCAGACCUGGGCCCCCCCACACACACUCACACCCACACCCCAUGAUCUGGUGAUGACAUCAGUGUCCUACCCUCCUCUGUCCCCAGGAGAGGAGCUGUGUGUACCUGCAGCGGCUGCAGCCAGCCGACCCCGUGAGCUGGCCAUGAGCUGAGACGAGAGGCGAGCUUGCUCCAGCCCCCCACCCCCACUCCCCCUACACACACGUGAAGUGGCUGAGCAGGCACAGCAGUGAGCGUGGCAGCCUCAGGACGGUGCCUGUCCCUGCCCCCCCUCAGCCCUCCCCUGCCAUGCCACUGUCUUGCCAUGCUGGGGGGAGGGGUCGCAGUCUCGGCCCACAGACCCAUCAAGGCCCUGGGACUUUGUCCCCUGUCCCUUUGGAAAGCAAGGCCUCCCCGCCGCUGCCCGCGGGGUCUCUGUGACCCUCGGGAAAGCUGUGUUCCCAUGCAUCCUACCUCUUACCCAGUCCCGGGCAGAGACUGAGCCCACGCUAGGGACCAAGACAGAGUAGAAAGAAGGGGAAGCAGCGACCCAGAGGGAGCCCCAGCCUUCACAGCCUUUGUCCCCACUGCCAUCCCUGUCUGAGGACCCUUCCCUGGCCACAGCCGGUCUCAGACUUGGCAGCCCCUGCAGGGGACGCAGUGGCCUGUGCCCACCUUCUCACCCCCUCCCAUGCCCCACGUGUUUUGCCAGUUAAGCACCUGUGAAUCCUGUACCUGCCACUGGUUUGGGGUUGUUAGUUCUGUCUUUUUUUUUUUAAUUAAAUAAAAACAUUUUUAAAAUGUU